GGGACAGGAGUGGCAGGUGCAAAGAGGAAGCAUUUAAAAAGAACAUUUGCUUACGGUCACAGCUCUCACUUCACAGCGAACAGUGUCUGGCACACACUUCCAACAGAAACAUAGUCAAACACAUACAGGCCUGCACACUUCGGGAAUAUGGCUUCCUCAACUAACCCUCUGCCCAGUGGCUGUAGCGUGCUCAUCAGUAUUCCAGACUUCUUAUUCAUCCCUGAGUUUGUGUUCGGGGGUCUAGUGUGGACACUGGUGGCCUCGACUAAGGUGUUGGUGAGCAACCCUCUGGGCUGGGUGAUGUUUGUGUCUGUGUUCUGUUUCAUCUUCACUACACUGUGGUUCUUUAUCUUCAUCACUGGAGGAAAUAAGAGCAGUUCCUGGCCAACAUUGGAUGUUGCAUAUCAUGCCCUUGCAGCCUUCUUCUACUUAAGUGCCUCUGUGUUACUAGCCUUCGUUACCAUUGGUCUAAAGGAUAUUUCCGACAUAUUUCCCAAAGAAUACAGAUUGGACAUUGCUGCAGUGGUGAUGUCUUUCACGGUGACUCUGUUCUACACCCUCCAUGCUGUCCUCUCUGCAAUAAGAUGGAAAAAAUCCUCAUAAAGGCCAGCAUUCAAAAGACAAGGACACACAAUGAGCCAAUAUACUUUAUUCAGCAAUAACGUUUUGAUAUUACAUACAUUUAUGCAUAUAGAUUGUUUAAUGGUUAUAGGGAAGCAAGGGUUGUAAAUUAUUAUUACUAGAAUCUAAUGUUGUUUUUGAAUACAUGGUUUGAAAAGCAUACACAAUACCAAUAAAUCUUUUUU